AUGGAGACAAUCUGGCGGAUGGUCCAAGAGACCCAAGAUUCGCUCUCCGAUGAAGCACUGAUGCCCCUGAAAUCGUACAAAUAUUCCAGCGUUGACAAGUCGUUCAUCUCAAAUUACAUCCUAAAACAUUAUUGGAAUGCCUUCGUUGAGCUGCUUCCCAUGUGGAUUGCUCCUAACAUGGUAACCCUGCUCGGGUUCUUAUUCAUUGUGUUCAAUGUCUUUCUCAUUGAGAUUUUCAUGCCCGACAUGAUCGGUCCGGGACCUUGGUGGCUGUACUUCAGCUUCGCAUUUGGAAUGUGGAUGUAUUCAACCUUGGACAAUGUCGAUGGUAAACAAGCGCGCCGAACGGGAACAUCUAGCGGGCUGGGAGAAUUAUUUGACCACGGAAUCGAUUCGUUGAACUGUACAUUGGCCAGUCUUUUGGAGACUGCAGCAAUGGGCUUUGGUGCCUCAAAGCUGGGUGCAUAUACCGCGAUUGUGCCCUGCCUGGCCAUGUACUUUUCAACUUGGGAGACCUUUCAUACGCAUACUCUAUACCUCGGCUACUUUAACGGGCCUACCGAAGGACUCAUCAUUGCCAUCAGCAUCAUGCUUGCAUCUGGUAUCUGGGGCCCUGGGAUUUGGGCGCGCCCAAUCACCGAGUUCAUCAACAUCCCCCAACUCUUCGGCACCAACUCCAUCAAAGACCUCUGGGUACCGAUUCUUCUGGGUGGAUUCUUCCUGGCCCAUCUUCCAGGUUGUGUUCUCAAUGUCUAUGCCGCGCGUAAGAAGCAUGGCUUGCCUUUCACCCCUCUUCUGAAGGAAUGGAUUCCUAUGAUCGUGUUCACCUUCUGCACAUGCGCCUGGUUACUUUCACCAUACUCUUGUCUUCUCACCGAGAACCACCUCGUCUUGUUCUGCUGGACGAUCUCUUUCGUCUUUGGCCGAAUGACCACCAUGAUUAUUCUGGCUCACCUGCUCCGUCAGCCCUUUCCGUAUUGGACUGUUCUGCAAGGUCCCCUCGUUUUCGGCGCCGUGUUGGCAAACCUCCCUCGCAUUGGUAUCCCUCUCAGCCACACUCUCGAGCUCUGGUAUCUUCGUUUGUACUUUGUCUUCGCGUUGGUCGUCUACAUGCAUUGGGCCGUACUGGUGAUCAACCGCAUCACCACCUUCCUCGGCAUCAACUGUCUCACCAUUCGCAAGGACAAGUCCGUGGCCCGUGAGCGCGCCUACCGUGAAUUCGGUGAUUCAGGCCUACCUCUGGCCGGCAGCUCUCGCAGUUCGCGCAGCUCCCGACCUUCCUUCGACGUCGAUGACGAAAAUUUGAAGAGCCACUGA